AUGCCGGAGCUUCCAGAGGUAGAAGCGGCGAGGAGGGCCGUUGAGGAAAACUGCGUCGGCAAGAAGAUAACGAAGUGUAUUGUCGCCGAUGAUUCCAAAGUCAUCGACGCCGUUUCUCGCGCCGACUUCGAAGCUUCCGUUCUCGGCAAGUUCAUUGUCGCUGCUCACCGGAAGGGGAAGAACAUGUGGCUUCAGCUCGAUUCCCCUCCUUUUCCUUCCUUCCAAUUCGGUAUGGCUGGUGCUAUAUACAUUAAAGGGGUUGCAGUAACAAAGUAUAAAAGGUCAGCUGUAAAGGACGAAGAUGAGUGGCCCUCAAAAUAUUCAAAAUUUUUCAUUGAGUUAGAUGAUGGUUUAGAGUUGUCUUUCACUGACAAAAGGCGAUUCGCAAAAGUUCGUCUGCUCAAAGAUCCGACAUCAGUGCCACCCAUAUCUGAGCUUGGUCCUGAUGCCCUUUUUGAGCCAAUGACACUUGAGAAGUUUACCGAGUCUUUGCACAAGAGGAAAACUGAAAUCAAGGCUUUAUUACUUGAUCAAAGCUAUAUUUCAGGUAUUGGAAAUUGGGUGGCAGAUGAAGUGCUAUACCAAGCCAGAAUUCAUCCACGGCAGACAGCUUCUAGCCUGUCUGAUGAAGGCUGCUCAACUUUGUACAAAUGCAUUAAAGAGGUCAUUGAAAAAGCAGUUGAGGUUGGAGCAGAUAGUAGUCAGUAUCCCAACAGUUGGAUAUUUCAUUCACGGGAAAAGAAGCCUGGCAAGGCUUUUGUUGAUGCGAAAAAAAUUGACUUCAUCACAGCUGGUGGCAGGACAACUGCUUACGUGCCAGAGUUGCAAAAGCUUAGUGGAUCUAUAGAUGUAAAAGAAGUGGGUAAGCCUAAAAGGCAGGCCUCAAAGAAACAAGGUGCAGAUGAUGAUACUGAGAAACCAACAGACCGGGAAGAGGGGAAUUUGGGAAGUGUCAAAUCAAAGAAGGGGACAAAGGCUGGAGCUAGAGGCAGGAAGCCUGCUAAAAAGAAAAAGUCAGGGGAAAGUGAUGAAGACAAUGAUAGUAGUGAUGCUGGCACGGACUGUGAUACUGAUCAAGUUGAAAAGAAGAAUACAGGCAAUGCGACUGGUAGGAAACAAGUUGGGGGAGAGAAGCCAUCAAAGAAAAGAGUUCAAAGCAAUCAAACUGGUCGGAGUUCCAAAAGGAAAGCUAAGUAG